UUUAGCUUCUUCUCAACACCACCAAACUUUCAACUUCUUUUUAGCUUCUUCAAAAGCAAAAAAGACAUCGAAACUAUGUACCCAAUUACCAAACUUUAUCAACACUUCCAUUAUUUUCUUCUGCGUUUGCAAACCAUUAAAAGAUAUGUUUUUUCUUUUCUCUUUUGCUUACCCACUUCCCUUCUUCCUCUUCUUCUUCUUCUUCUUUUGGCUUACAAUGCUUUCUCUGUCUUCAGCAUUCACCUCCCUUACUUUCCCGCCAAAAUCUCUCCGGUUCCCGCCAUUUUCUCGCCGGAAAAAGUUGACGGUGAGUCGCUUCAGAAGUUCAGUUCUUCUGUGUUGUAUGCUGUGAAAGAAGAGAACCCACCUGUGAUUUUAAAGACUCAGUUGCCUCUUUUUCAUAAACAGAACUUUUCCUUGGUGGUACCCAUUGAUAGUUCUUUGGUUUCUAGACCAAAAAAAGAGCAUAAAAGGAGAACCAAGUUCAAAAUUCUUCGUUUGGGAGCAAAAUCUAGGCGUUUUUCAGCCAAAGUUAAAGAAUUUUUUGAGAAUUCUUCAUGUAAGUUGAAGUUUUUCAUGACUUGGAUUUCCUCAGUUGAGUCAUUCGGUCAUAGAGAGUUUUUGGCUUUAGAGAGUUUAUUUAAGUCCCAUCCCAAUGCUUGUCUGGUUAUGGUCUCAAAUUCAUUGGACUCAAGUAAAGGAAAUCUCAUUCUUCAGCCUUUUUCAGAUAAAGGUUUCAAAUUGAUUGCAGUUAAGCCUGAUUUUGAUUAUAUAUUCAAGAAUACUUAUGCUGAAGGGUGGUUCAAAAAAUUGAAGAAAGGGAAUGUGAAUCCUGGAUUCAUUUCCUUGGGUCAAAAUAUGUCUAACUUACUUAGGCUUGCUUUGUUGUAUAAAUUUGGUGGCAUUUACUUGGAUACGGAUGUUAUAGUACUCAAAAGUUUUUCCAAGUUGAGAAAUACAAUUGGAGCACAAACUGUUAAUGCUGGAACCAAGAAUUGGACCAGAUUGAACAAUGCUGUGUUGAUUUUUGAUAAGAAUCAUCCAUUACUUUUUAAGUUCAUACAAGAAUUUGCUCUCACAUUUGAUGGUAACAAGUGGGGUCACAAUGGUCCUUACUUGGUCUCAAGAGUUGUAUCAAGGGUGAAUGGUAGACCUGGGUUUAACAUCACCGUGAUGCCGCCAUCGGCUUUCUACCCUGUGGAUUGGAGUAGAAUUCGAAGUUUCUUUAGAGGACCUCGAAACGAGAUUCAUUCGAAAUGGUUGCAUAAGAAGCUCGACCUUAUUCGCCGCCAAAGCUUUGCAGUUCAUCUGUGGAACAAGCAGAGUAGACAGCUUAAAAUCGAAGAAAGGAGUAUUGUUGAUCAUCUAAGGUUGGACUGCUGUAUCUACUGCAAUUCCUCGCUCUCAAGUUUGUAAGUACACAAUAAAGCAUGGCAAUUUGCUGAUUGUCUCAUAUUCACAAACUGUGAUUACAGAAAAUAAAUGUUCUCUUAGUUAGAGUUUGCUUUUCAUUUAUCAUUUCAUU